GAUGGGGCAACGGUGAACUCGACAUUCCUUAUCUCGUACGUGACAGCUGUAUCUUUGUGGAGAGGCUGACUCAAACACUGCAUAGACAUGGUAAGGUCGCAUUUGAAGUGAUUGCGCCCACUGUCGCCGGUGUGGUCACCGCCAUGAUACUGAUAGGUAACCUGAAAAAAGAAAAAGUCUUGAGCGCGAUUAGUUCACUGACAUAAUAUUGACGGUCUUUAGCGGACGAGCAUGAUGAACUCGAUGUCGAGCUCCUGGGAGCCGAUCCAAAUCAUUGGCAAACUAACGUCUACGCGCCAAGUCCGAGCGACACAAAGCCGCUAUGGGGCGUGUUUGGGAGCGUUGAAGAUUUCCCCUCCACAUUUCGAGCAUCGGUUGGAGAUAGACAUCUGUAUACCAUCGACUGGAGUGCCGAACGAGUCCAGUGGGGUGUGGACGGACACGUCCUCCGGACGCUCACGCCAGGUACGUCGAUGCAACAUACAGGUUUGAACGCCUAUGCCAGCUGCUGACAUGUCAUCAGAACAAACGCGCAAGGGCGGCAAGCUGCAUUAUCCAGCGCACACAGCACGCAUACAGCUUGGUAUAUGGGACGCGAGCAGUCCCCAAGGGACGGCAGAGUGGGCUCAUGGGCCCAUCAAGUGGGACGACGCUCCGGGUAAGAUCACAGCGAUAGUAAAAAGCGUGAGCGUCGAGUGCCCGACCAAACAUAGAUAGAACUGAUAGGCUGGUGUCGCGAGUUUGUUGUGUUGUCUUCGUCUUGAUAGGUCUUGUUAUGUCAAGGAGAUACCCUGAUUUUUGGAUUUGUUAUCUUCGACGGUGUGCCAGUGCCCUGUAUG